AAGUCAUUAUCUCUUCUCCGUCGCAGCCGAGUCGCAUCGAGUCGACUCGUAUGAUUAAGUGUAAUUUGUUAUUCAUUAUAGUACCGUCCCGAGGUCGCGAGCCGUUCGGUCGCCGGCAGCAACAAUAGUGGUAAUACGCAAUAAUAUUCUGAUAAAUACACAGUCAUCGCCGCAACACAACUACGAUAACAACGUUGGUAUACCGGUAUUGUGGCCGCACCCACGCGAAAAAGAGAUCGGCGUGGUGCUUCAGCACGGUGGGUUGUCGCGAAGUGGCCGCAGUGCGUCGCGUCUCUGCCGGUCUACUCUCAGUUCGUCUAUAGCACUGUACAGCGCAGCCGGUUCUAGUAGAUUCGCCGACCACCAGAACACACCAAUCAAAAAAUUCCUGUUCCAAACUGCCGUUGGAAAGUACUGCUCGCGCGAUGUCCGCGGUGCAGCUGCUCCUCGACUCGGUGGCCGGCUGGUGGACGGUCGCGGCGCUGGCGUUGUUGGUGGCCACGGCGUACCGCUUCUCGACGUCCACGUUCGGUUAUUGGCGCGACCGAGGCGUCCCGUACGUGCGGCCGACGGUGCCGCUGUUCGGCAACAUCGGCGGGCUGGCCCUGGGCAUCGAACACCAGGCGCGCAUGUUCAGCCGGAUCUACGACGAGUUCCGCGGUCACCGGUACUGCGGGCUCUACCAGAUGCGCACGCCGCACCUGAUGGUGUGCGACCCGGCGCUGGUGAACCGCGUGCUGAUCGGCGACUUUGCGCACUUCACCGACCACGGCAUGUACACGGCCCGGCCGGACGAGAACCCGCUGGCCAACGGGCUGUUCAACAUGAACGGCGCCCAGUGGAAGAUCAUGCGGCAAAAGCUGAGCCCCGUGUUCACCUCGGGCAAGCUGCGGCACAUGCGCGGCCAGGUGGAAGAGUGCAGCCAGCAGCUGAUGCGCAACGUGGCCGCGGACAUGCCGGCCGGCGGCGGCCAGAUGGAGAUCCGCGACGUGCUCGGCAAGUACUCGACCGACGUCAUCGGCACGUGCGCGUUCGGACUGCACCUGAACGCCAUCAACGACGAGCGGUCCGCGUUCCGCAAGCACGGCAAGGCCGUGUUCACGCCGUCGAUCCGCGUGCUGCUCAAAGAACUGGCCUGGAUGGUGACGCCGGCGCUACGACGCGUGCUUCGCAUCAGCGACAUCCCGCCAGACGCCGCCCAGUUCUUCACCUCCGCGUUCACCGACACGAUGAAGCACCGGCAGGAACACGGCAUCGUCAGGGACGACGUCAUGCAGUCACUGAUCCAGGCCAGGACCGACCUGGUCGUCAACAAGACCGAACCUUCAGUUGAAUUCUUAGAAACGGAUAUCGUGGCAAAUGCAUUUAUACUAUUCGCUGCUGGUUUUGAAACAGUGUCUACGGCGAUGAGUUUUUGUUUGUACGAACUUGCACUGAAAAAACCAAUACAUGACAAAGUGCGAGAAGAAAUGAAUACGACGAAGAAUAAAUACAACGAUGAGAUUGACAAUGAUUUUCUAAAGGAUUUACAUUAUUUGGAAAUGGUAUUAGCCGAAACCUUAAGGAAGUAUCCACCACUUAUAACACUAUUUAGGGAAGCUACGCAGGAUUACCAAGUACCCGAUGACACUUUCGUUAUUGAAAAGGGUACAAAAGUUCUUAUUCCUACGUACGCUAUUCAUCACGACUACAGAUAUUAUCCAGACCCCGAGACGUUCGACCCCGAACGGUUUUCACCAGAGGAAAAAGCUAAAAGACCAAAUGGAACUUAUAUGCCGUUUGGUGAUGGACCUCGCUUAUGUAUAGGGAAACGAUUCGCUGAAAUGGAAAUGAAAUUGGCGUUAACCGAACUUUUGACCAAAUAUGAAGUGGAACCAUGUGAAAAAACAGACAUCCCAAUGAGAUUAAGUUCAAGAUCAUUAAUUAUUAUGCCAGAAAAUGGUAUUUGGUUAAAAUUUAAACCAAUACAAGCCACCAAAUAAGCAUUGAACUUGUCAAUUCAAAAUAUUUAGUACAUAUUAUACGACUUAUUGAGCCCUGCAGCUUUUAGAUAAGAAAAUAUAGUUAUGGGCCUCAAAAUAUGAUAUUUAUUUAUGCAGCACAUAAAACAAAAUUAUCUUAUUUUAGAAUAUUCACAGUGAAAAAUACAUGGCCACUUCAUGUCCUCAAAAUCCCUUUUGAUUAUUUAAGUCUAAAAUAAAUGACUGCAUAUUAUGAAAUUUGAAUGCAAGAACUUACAACGAAUAAUAUUAUUUCACUUUCCUGUUAAUUACUAUCCAGCUCAUUGUAAAAGUGUGUGUACCCAAUUUAAAUAGUUAAAUUAAAAAUACUUAAGUUCGGAUAUUCGGGUGGGUACUUAUAUGUAUACGAUAAUUGAUAUAUUUCUAUUUUGUAUUUCUAUUAUAACAAGUUUAAAAAUCAAAUUAAUUAUAUUCUGUUCCUUGGCGUUUGCUGCAAUCAGUCACACUACCGUCCACUGCUACUAUUAUAGUUCUUGGAUGGGUGAUCAACAGGGUUGUUAGUGCCAAAAACCUUACCAUACAUAAACAAGAAUUUUCAACAACCGUUCCAACACUACCGUGUAACUCCUUGCGAUAGUUAACAG